CCGGUCGUGGUGGCCGCCGAAAGGCCCUUGGGUUCCCCAUGGUGAGUCCAAAGGCUCUGGAGAUGCGAGCGGGAGCAGGGGCGUCUCGUGUCCGCACAUCACCCAGCGGCUGAGGGUUAUCUCGGGGACGGCGGAUGAGGCUGCUGGCGUUUGCAGUGUUGGCUCUAUUUGCUGUCACUCAAGCAGAGGAAGGAGCCAGGCUUUUGGCCUCCAAAUCGCUGCUGAACAGAUAUGCCGUGGAGGGGCGAGACCUGACCUUACAGUACAACAUCUACAAUGUUGGUUCAAGUGCUGCAUUAGAUGUGGAGUUAUCUGAUGAUUCCUUCCCUCCAGAGGACUUUGGCAUCGUCUCUGGAAUGCUCAAUGUCAAAUGGGACCGGAUUGCCCCUGCCAGCAACGUCUCCCACACCGUGGUCCUGCGCCCUCUCAAGGCUGGUUAUUUCAACUUCACCUCAGCAACUAUUACUUACCUGGCCCAGGAGGACGGGCCUGUUGUGAUUGGCUUCACCAGUGCACCUGGACAGGGAGGAAUCCUGGCUCAGCGGGAAUUUGACAGGAGAUUCUCCCCCCAUUUUCUGGACUGGGCAGCCUUCGGGGUCAUGACACUCCCCUCCAUCGGCAUCCCCCUGCUGUUGUGGUACUCCAGCAAGAGGAAAUAUGACACUCCCAAAACCAAGAAGAACUGAGUGGAGCUUCCACAGCCCUCCCUUCCCAAGAAAUCCAGGUGCUUUCCAGACUCCAAAGGGUAUCUCAAAUGCAGUCGCUUCUCCCUUAGCCCUUGGCCGCCUUCUGGAUCCUGCCCUGCUGUCAGCCAGACUGAGGGACCAGGCCUGGGAGUCUGUGAGAGCCUCCGUGGGUCCAUCGUGAAGCCAUACAAACAGGAACGCCUUCAGCAACAGCCUUGAGCCUAGAGGGACCUCAGGUGCACCACUGAGUGCCACAGGGUGUAUUGCUGGCCUGUGAACUCUUUCAGGGGUCCAGGAGGGGGCACUUCAGAGACUACCUGACACCACCCCCAUUGCCUGCCCUCCCCUGUCAGAAGAGGGUGGAAGAUAAAAUGAAAGCUGUGGGACUCUUGGAGGCUACGCAGUCUCUGUUCUGGGUUAGGGAAGCGCUUACCAAAAGGGGUUUUCUAAUAAAAACAAAUGCCACAAUGA